GUCAGAUGCAUCACUUUCAGCAGCAGUGAGUGUUCUCUAGAAGGAAAGCGUACAUAAUUCAACCAUGCCAUACGGAGGUUGCAUGUAGAACUAAUCCUUUCUCAGGAGACUGAAACAUGGAGAAAAAUGGAACCAGCAAUGCACCUCUUACUGGAAACAUUUCCCGCAGUCAUCAUGGGCAGCUGGCUAAAUUGUGGAAAGGUUCCUUUCAGUACACUUCUGUGACUGCCAGGAGGUGAAAUGAUGGAAGGCAACAGCGACGUGUACUGAGGCAUGUUGGUAAUUCAAAAUCUGAAUCUACAGUUGUACUGUCUCAGCCUGCCACAAGCUUGAGCACUCGGGGAUGCGUGGAGAUUUUGAUUCGCUUGAUUAAAUCUUAAAGAUGAAUUGCUCUGAAUUCAAUUUCCAUAGUCCGAUGUUGUCAAUAAAUGGCUCGUUCAUCAGAUCGGAGAGCAGUGAUUUGUUCCCUCACCAGAACAGUGAACUGGAGAGAACGAUAUUAUUGACCAUCCAUGAGCCAACCACUAUAUCCCUGACUGUAAUGUACUCGCUGUCAUUUUUGGUUGGCUUCAUGGGGAACCUCACGGCGAUUCGCAUGCUCACCAGCCAGAGAAACAGGAGGGUGCAGAGCGUCAGCGCAACAAAGAGUUUACUCAUCAACCUGGCUGUCUGUGACCUGAUGGUAGUCUGCAUCUGCAUGCCCAUCACCCUGGGCCAUACCAUCUACACAGCCUGGGUGUAUGGGGAUCUGCUCUGCAGGGCGGUGCCCUUCAUCCAGGCAGUGUCUGUGUCAGCCAGCGUACUCAGCCUAACGGUCAUCAGCGUGAACAGGUAUUACAGUGUCCACAGCCCACUGAAUGCCCGCUCCUACUUCACCCAGCGAAAGAUUUACAUUACCAUCAGUGUUGUGUGGAUUCUGAGCUCCAGCAUCUGUUCCCCACUUCUUUUCAUGAUCAAGUUGGAUGAGAUCUGUUUGAUAAACAUUGCCGUUCCUGUCUGCAGAGAGCUGUGGCCACAUAUGAGGCUCAAGCAGGUUUAUAACGUGCUCCUCUUCAUCACGCUCUACUGCAUACCUGUGGCUUUUAACCUGACCAUCAGUUUCCUUACGGGGCGGAAGCUCUGGAGGGCAUCACGGCAUUUCAACGACUUUGACCCUCACAGUCAGGUGAUGUAUGCCUCAUGUUUGAAGACGCGGAAGAAGAUUGCAAAGGUGGUGGUCACCCUGGUCCUACUCUUCGCCGUCUCCUGGCUGCCCCUGUACGUGACUGAUAUUUUAAUUGACCAUGAGACGCAUCUGCCACACUGGAUCCUACAGACCCGGCCAUUUGCCCAGUGGCUGGGUCUCACCAAUUCUAGCCUCAACCCCAUCUGCUACUGUUUCCUGGGGGAUCUUCACCGCUCUGCCAAGGUAAUCAAGUCCAAGUACAACCAACGAAUGCUGUCUCUCCUCAGCACUUCAAGCUCCAACAAGCUACCAAGACUGCUCUUUUUUAAGCGGCCGACAUCCAGCCAGAGGCAAGAGACUGGGGCUCAGGUGUCUGAGGAAACACUCUCAGAUUGGUGCUCCCACACAAGUGUGGGGGAAUUCAACCAGAUGCUGUCUCUUCAAAGCCUGUCUGAGAGGAUUGAGUCUAGGAGCACACCUGACCUCAAAAGCCUGUCGAUAGAGAACUUAUCACCUGUGGUAUAACAUGGCUGAAGUUUGCUCGUCAGCAUUCAAUGAAAUAUGGCCGUGGAACUGGAUGUGUGGGAAGGUUUUGAUGUGAGCAUGAUUAACUAAGAGCAUUACCCAUAAUUACUUUGCUCCCCUCUCACACUUUAGUUGUUCAAAAAAUGGAAAACUGUCAGUGUGCAUUGGAUAUGAAUUAUGAUUUAGCGACAUGUAAUUUAAACUCAUCAUCUUGUGGUGCCACCACGGACACAACUGUGCAUAAAUAACUAAUCAUUUUUAGUCAAAAGAGAGCAAGCAAAUAGUACAACAUUUAAUCCAUGGUGAAAACAUCCUAAAAGCUACAACAUGGAUACACUGCAUUGUCCACUAUGGGCAUGUUUUUCUGAAAUUCAUAUAAAAUAUGUAAAUGUUCGAAUCAGUGUUAGUUAAUCCAUUUUUGUAGUUUUACCAGCCGUAGUCGUAUACAGGAUAUUAGCAGCAGCAUCAGAAUAUAUAAAAUACUUUGCACUGUUUACAAUAGUAUUGUUUGUGCAAAUUAAUUGUCCUUGACUGUGAUUACAUAUUUUACAUAUUAAAUGAGAAA